CAUACACUUGCAUACAUUAUCAUCAAAAAGAACUUAUAGAGAGAAAAGAGAGAGUGAAAGAGAUUAGCCACAAUGUAUUUUCGACUUCUCUGUCUUCUCCUCCUAGCUUCUUGCUUGACACAUCAAGCUUUUGGCCGUGGCCGUAACCGGCCACCUCGGGAAGUAAGCUCGUAUCCUUCAUCAAGUAUCACAGUCGUCGGAGUUGUCUACUGUGACACUUGUUCAAGCAACACUUUCUCAAGACAAAGCUAUUUCUUACAAGGAGUGGAUGUACAUGUCAACUGUAGAUUCAAAGCAAGCUCACCAAAGACAACAGAGGAAGUGAACAUAUCAGUGAACAGAACAACAAACAGAAGCGGCGUUUACAAGCUCGAGAUCCCUCACGUCGACGGGAUAGAUUGCGUGGACGGAAUCGCCAUAGCUUCUCAGUGCAGCGCCAAGCUACUCAGCCCUUCCAACAUCAACAUCGGCUGCAACAUCCCUGUUUUUCAGACAGCAACCAACGAAGUAUCCAUCAAGUCAAAGCAAGAUCGUGUCUGUAUCUACAGCUUAAGCGCACUCAGCUACAAACCAUCUCACAAAAACGCCACACUUUGCAGCGGCGGAAAGAGACAACAUCACGGGCGAGAGAAGGAGGAAGAGAAGGUGGAGAAGAAGUUUAGAGACUCCAAGUUCUUCUGGCCUUACAUGCCACCGUACUGGUUCCCUUGGCCGUACUCCACUCUCCCACCGUUGCCUACUCUGCCUCCUCUUCCUUCCUUUCCUUUCCCUUUUCUUCCUUUAGCAAACCCUAAUCCAGCAUUGCCCGCGUUUGACUGGAAAGAUCCCACCACUUGGAUACCUUAUCUUCCACGUUUCCCUCCCAGUGAUCACAAUUCUUAGGGAUCAUUUUACCUCCAGAUUUGGCUUUCUUCUUCUCUCUGUUUUGGCUUUCUGCUUCUCUAUGUUUUUUUUGGUGAUCUCCUUUGCUUGCGUUUGUGUGUGAUUGAUUUACUUAUUAAUAUGUAAAUUACUCUUCCAUUACAGAACCUAAAGAUUUGGUUUUGAUGGACUUUUGUUCAAUCAAGAUUUUUAUAUAAAGUAAAGUCUUCCACUCAA